UGUAUAUGUAGCUUAUCAGAAGCUGCUUGGAUGCUUCUUUCCAGCCAGCAGCCAGCUUGUCAUGGACUCUCUCUCUCUCCACAUAUAUAUGAACUGAAAGCACCCUCUUUUAUCUCAUUUCUCCAUUCUUGAAAGCCAGAAAGAAAGACAAAAGAUCCUGCAUUUUCUUCUCUUUCUUUGCAUUUUUCAGUGCAUCGAGUUGCAUCCACUAAAUCUACUGUUUCCCUUCUCUCAACAACACUUUCCAGGUUUAUGUAUUUAGAGCUUUCUUUACAAACCCUUCCCUGCGUCCUCGUUUUCCCAAGUACCUGCGUUUGCUUAACUUGGUAAGAGUCGGGUUGCUGUGACGGCUGUGUCUUUAUGUUCAACUUGGUGUUUUCGUCUGUGACUUGAGCAUUCAAUUGGGCGAAACCAUGGAAGAGACUUUUGUGCCAUUUCGUGGAAUAAGGAAUGAUCUUCAAGGGAGGUUGAUGUGUUACAAGCAAGACUGGAUUGGUGGAUUCAAAGCAGGCUUCAGGAUUUUGGCCCCCACCACAUUUAUAUUUUUUGCAUCCGCAAUUCCAGUCAUUUCAUUUGGAGAACAAUUGGAUAGAAAUACAGAUGGGGUUCUCACCGCAGUACAAGCAUUAGCAUCUACUGCAUUGUGUGGAAUUAUACACUCGAUCAUAGGGGGUCAGCCUUUGCUGAUUCUUGGAGUUGCAGAGCCAACUGUGAUUAUGUAUACGUUUAUGUUCAAAUUUGCUAAAGAUAGACCAGAUUUGGGAUCCAAGCUGUUUUUAGCAUGGACUGGAUGGGUAUGCGUAUGGACAGCUGCAUUGCUGUUCCUCCUCGCUAUCUUAGGAGCUUGUUCCAUAAUAAACAGGUUCACUCGUCUUGCAGGGGAGUUAUUUGGGCUUCUUAUUGCAAUGCUCUUCAUGCAGGAAGCAAUCAAAGGACUUGUUGAUGAAUUUAGUAUACCUCGAAGAGAAAACCCAAAAUCGAUUCAGUUUCAACCUUCAUGGAGAUUUGCAAAUGGGAUGUUUGCUUUGGUUCUGUCAUUUGGUCUUCUGCUAACUGCAUUAAGAAGUAGAAAAGCAAGGUCUUGGCGGUAUGGAUCUGGGUCACUAAGAGGGUUCAUCGCAGAUUAUGGUGUUCCUUUGAUGGUUUUGGUAUGGACAGCUGUUUCCUAUAUACCAGCUGGAACUGUUCCAAAAGGAAUUCCCAGGCGUCUUUUUAGUCCGAAUCCAUGGUCACCAGGCGCAUAUGAGAAUUGGACUGUCAUUAAGGACAUGCUAAAUGUGCCGAUUCUCUAUAUAAUUGGAGCUUUCAUUCCAGCAACAAUGAUUGCAGUGCUAUACUAUUUUGACCAUAGUGUAGCUUCCCAACUCGCUCAGCAGAAAGAAUUCAAUCUGAGAAAACCACCUUCAUUCCAUUAUGAUUUACUUCUUUUGGGUUUCAUGGUAAUAUUAUGUGGUCUUAUCGGUAUCCCUCCAUCCAAUGGUGUAAUUCCUCAAUCUCCUAUGCAUACUAAAACUCUGGCCACACUUAAGCAUCAGUUGCUUCGUAACCGACUGGUAUCGACAGCGAGGAAGUGUAUGAGAAAGAAUGCAAGCUUGGGGCAAGUAUAUGGAAGCAUGCAAGAAGCAUAUCAACAGAUGCAGUCCCCACUAGUUUACCAGGAACCUUCAUCUAGGGGAUUAAAGGAAUUAAAAGACUCCACUAUUCAAAUGGCUUCAACCAACAUAAAUGUCCCACUUGAUGAGACAGUGUUUGAUGUUGAGAAGGAGAUAGAUGAUUUAUUGCCCGUUGAGGUGAAAGAGCAAAGGCUGAGUAACUUGCUUCAAUCUACAAUGGUAGCAGGAUGUGUUGCUGCAAUGCCUUUCCUCAGAAAGAUUCCAACCUCUGUACUAUGGGGUUAUUUUGCUUUUAUGGCGAUCGAAAGCUUACCGGGUAACCAAUUCUGGGAAAGGAUUUUAUUGCUCUUCACAGCUCCAACAAGAAGAUACAAAGUACUUGAAGAAUACCAUGCCACUUUCAUUGAAACUGUACCUUUCAAAACAAUUGCUCUUUUCACAAUUUUUCAAACUGCUUACUUGCUUGUUUGCUUUGGGAUCACGUGGGUUCCGAUUGCUGGGGCUCUUUUCCCAUUAAUGAUCAUGCUUCUGGUUCCUGUGAGACAAUACAUCUUGCCAAAGUUUUUCAAAGGGGCACACCUUCAAGAUCUAGAUGCUGCAGAAUAUGAAGAGACCACUGCUUUAUCAUUCAGCCUGGCAACGGAAGGAGAGUUAGGCAGGACAGCCUCCUUUGCAUCUGAUGGAGAGAUCUUAGAUGGGAUGAUUACUCGAAGCCGGGGUGAGAUCAGACGAAUAUGCAGUCUCAAGUUGACUAGCUCCGCUGCAACACCAUGCAAGGAAUUUGCAAAUGUGCAAAGCCCACGUUUCUCGGAUAAGGUGUAUAGUCCCCGUGUAAGUGAACUAAAAAGCGAACUAAGUCCUCGACUUGGUGCAAAAGGUCCAUCCAGUCCAAGGACAGGAGAAGCAAGGGCAUACAAUUUAGGGAAAAGUGGAUAGAACUUAGAAACUCGGACAUGAAUAGUAACAAAUAUCACUUGCAAUCAUCAUGAACAUGAAGGAAGUCUGCAUUAGAUCUUAUCUUAAUUUCUUUUGUGGGUAAUAUUGUUGUAAAGUUUUUCAUUUGUAAAAUGCAUUCAUGACUCAAAAGAGAUGUGUAACCACAACUUCUAUCAACAUUCAACUGGAAAUGUUAUAGCAAAGAAAUUUUUA